GGCGGUGUGGGCUGCUGUGCGCGGCAAGACGAUGGCGGCCGGUGGCAGUGAUCCGCGGGCAGGCGACGUAGAGGAGGACGCCUCACAGCUCAUCUUUCCCAAAGAGUUUGAAACAGCUGAGACACUUCUAAAUUCAGAAGUUCAUAUGCUUCUGGAGCAUCGAAAGCAGCAAAAUGAGAGUGCAGAGGAUGAACAGGAACUUUCUGAGGUCUUCAUGAAAACUUUAAACUACACAGCCCGUUUCAGUCGUUUCAAAAACAGAGAGACCAUUGCCAGUGUACGUAGCUUGCUGCUCCAGAAGAAGCUUCAUAAGUUUGAGUUGGCCUGUUUAGCCAACCUUUGUCCAGAGACUGCUGAGGAGUCCAAGGCUCUGAUCCCAAGGAAAGAAGUAAGAGUUGAAAUGUAAAGGUGUCAGCGUUUAGGGCCUGGAGGGGCGGUUUGAAGAUGAGGAGCUACAGCAGAUUCUUGAUGACAUCCAGACCAAGCGCAGCUUUCAGUAUUGAUCUCCAGAUACCACUGCUGCUGGGGGAGCCACAUCACAUCCCCAGCACAGCGCCGCUGGCCCAGGAUCCGGGGCUGACUUGCACAGAAAAUCUAUUGCAGAAGACACUUGGGCUUCCUUUGGAUAGAACAACCCAGUGCUUGGUCUUGAUUUAGGUUGCUGUUUCAGGCUCGACCGUUGGACGCUGAUGGCCAGCAUAACCUUGGAGAGGCCUUGCAGUGGCUGCCUGAGCUUGCCUCUGGGAAGGGUGAGGUGGGGUGAUGUGCAUCUAAGCCAUACUGCGGACGCCUCACAUCACGGUCUUUGGCCCUUGUGUUAUUUUUGAUUCCUACUAUUUCAUGUUUUAAUUUCAGUGUGUUCAUAGUUUUUGAAGCUAUACUAGAACAUGUAAAACUGGUAUGGGAAACAGUCUCACCUAAAUGCAAAAAGAGCAAUUAAACGAGACCUGUAUCAUUGUUUGAAAUUCUUAAAGAGAGGGUGAUAGCGCCUUGGCGUCAUUGUGCUUCACUAGGAGACAGGGAAGAGGCUGCCGCGAAGAGUAGUUACACCUGAGGGUAACUGCUGAGUGCUGUGGGGCACACAGCCUUGAGAUGGACAAGUACUGUGCCUUUCUUCUUGGAUUGCUGCACAGCAUAGAUUUGGAGUAAGUGGUCUUUAAGCACUUACUUUGUCACUGCCACAUUCAGAUUUUUCCUUCCUGGGCCAGAUGUGAAGGAGUGAGCACUUCAUAGUGUCCUCAUAUGGGGCAUCGGGUCCAAACCUCUGGCCUCCUGCUUAGCAGUAGGUGUUCUGGGAUGGAGGAGACGUGGGAGGAGGGCGCCUGCCACUUCCCAAGCCACUACAGUGGCCUCACUGCAUCUGAGGCUAGUUGCGGAGAAAACACUUUAAUUACUAAACACUGCGGCUCUGAAUUUUCUGAAGGGAAAUAUGCCUGUUUUCUUCACAAUUUGGUGAUUUUUCUUUGAGGCACUUGUUGGCUCCAAGUGAAUUCAUGGUCCAGCGAAAAGGCUGGGGAAAGAACAAAGCUGCCUUUAAAAGUCAAGGUGGUUUUAUGUCAGCUGCUGACUAAGGCAAAAAUAAAAUUUCUUAAAUAAAGUCUUUCAGUUUCUGAAAUGA